AUUUGUCUCCUUCAAGUUAUUUUCUUGUGUAACAUUUGAAUGGAUCAAGUGAGCAACAAAGAAGUGCUUUUUGUUAUGAGGAUAAAUGCAGUUCGAUAGAAAUUAUAGUCAGUCAGUGUCUUAACAAAAGGAUUUCAAUUAUAAUAAUUGUGUUAUCUGUUAUAAUAUCUUGUUAGAAUUAAUUUUGUGAUAAUCCUCGCGUGCAUUAGAUAAGAAUCAUCCGGUAUUACUGAUCCUUUUGAAACUACUUUGAUUGAAAACCGGGGUGAAGAUGAGUGAAUAUGGAAAAUUUGGGCCUCUCGUCGGCGCCAUUGACGAGGGCACCUCUAGCGCAAGAUUUAUUAUUUUCAAAGCUAAUUCUUCGGAAGUCAUUGCGUUGCAUCAAAAGUCUUUGGAUCAGCAUUUCCCUCAGGAAGGAUGGGUAGAACAAGACCCUAUGGCCAUUUUGGAAGUUGUGACAACAUGCGUAGAAAAAGCUAUUGAGAAACUAGAAGCUAUGGGCGGAAGAGCUAAGGAUAUAUUAGCAGUGGGUGUGACAAAUCAGCGAGAAACUACAAUAGUAUGGGAUCGUAAUACAGGAAAACCCCUCUACAAUGCUAUAGUGUGGCUCGACAUGAGAACAACAGCCACUAUAGACAAACUCCUGGAUACUGUACCUAACAAGACAAGAAAUCAAAACUAUCUUAAGCCGCUUUGUGGGUUACCGCUGUCCCCAUAUUUCAGUGCUGUGAAGCUAAGGUGGCUCAUUGACAAUGUGGACUCAGUGAAGCAGGCUAUGAAGAAUGGUACAUGCUGCUUUGGUACUGUGGAUACUUGGAUUAUUUGGAAUUUGACAGGCGGACCCAAUGGAGGAAAACAUGUAACUGACGUGUCAAAUGCCUCAAGAACAAUGCUCAUGAAUAUCGAGAACUUGAAGUGGGAUCCGUUGCUAUUGAAGUUUUUUGAAAUUACAAGUCCUGUCUUGCCUGAGAUUAAAUCGAGUUCAGAGGUAUAUGGAUAUAUAUCUGAUGGACCACUCAAGGACAUUCCAAUAUCGGGCUGCUUGGGCGAUCAGCAAGCUGCUUUAGUAGGUCAAAUGUGCUUACAGAGAGGUCAAGCGAAAGCUACAUAUGGCACUGGGUGCUUUGUGCUGUACAACACGGGUGACAUUCGAGUCAACUCCAGUAGAGGUUUGCUAACUACUGUUGCUUUUCAGUUGGGUAGCAAAAACCCACCUGUUUAUGCACUAGAAGGUUCGGUCGCUAUAGCCGGCGCUGCGUUGGGAUGGUUGAAAGAUAAUAUAGGGUUGUUGGAGAGUGCUAAGGACUCACAGGAACUUGCAGAGAACGCAUCUGAAAACGGUAGUGUUGUAUUUGUACCUGCGUUUAGCGGAUUGUAUGCGCCAUAUUGGAGACAGGAUGCUAGAGGGGUGAUCUGCGGGAUUACGGAAGACACAAAUUCAUCACACAUAAUCAAAGCAGCUCUUGAAGCAGUCUGCUACCAAGUCAGGGACAUUUUGGACGCCAUGAACGAGGACUGUGGUAUACCUCUACAAUUGCUAAAGGUCGACGGCGGUAUGACGUCAAAUUCACUGGUCAUGCAAAUGCAGGCUGAUUUAAUUGGCAUCAACGUUAUCCGAGCAGGCUUUACUGAGAGCACCGCAUUGGGCGCAGCGCAAGUCGCCUAUUGGGGAGUCGACGCUUCUAAAACAGUCACACCGAUACCUAUGACCGAUGGUACCACCUAUGUUCCACGUAUUACAGACGACGAACGUGACAUGAGGUAUAAACAAUGGAAAAUGGCAGUUGAGAGGUCUUUAGGAUGGGACCAAAAUUAGUAUUAGAUUGAAAUCCAAAAAUGAUAUUUUUGUGAUAAAAUACUGUUCGUGUAAUUUUUUACACAUUGUUGAAAGUUAUAUUGAUAUAUGAAUUAGUUAGAUAUCGCCUUAUUAAGUGACUGUAGGCAUAUUUUAUAAACCAGUUUAUAUUUUAUAAACCAGAUAUAAAUAUAUAAAGUUAAAGUAAAUCAGUUGACCGUGACGUCACUCAAUUCGAUUAGGCGAUAGGCAUACAUUUGCAAUAAAAUAACGUAGGUAAAAUAUUGGGCAAGUAAGCAGAGUUCAAAUGUAAUUGAAAUAAAGUAAAAUCCAUAAUCCUACGGACCAAAUUGACAAGUAAGUGUGAACGAAUGUUGCCACAGUUUGGCCAGUGUCGUUCUUAUCGAUAUUAAAAUUAUUAUUACAUCGUAGAU